UUUAACCAAUCGCAUUAUUCGCACAACAGAAGUUGGAAAAUGUAUCUCAACACAAAUUACAUGUCAUCUCUUCAACUGUUCUUGAGGAAAACUUCUUCAAUAACUCAACAACAGGGGACUACUUUGAUAAUGUCGCAAUUACCGAAGCAUUUGGCGACAUCGUCGGCUAGUCGAUUAUCUGUGGGAGCAAAAAAAGAACCCAAAACGACUAUUCUUCCUCGUUUACCUGUUCCAGCAUUAAACGACACAUUGGGAAAAUAUUUACGGACGGUAAAGCCUUUGCUUUCGGCUGAAGAUUUUCAGAAAACUACCCAAAUUGUGAAAAAAUUUGGUACCGAGUCAGGAAUCGGCCCAAAACUGCAGAAUCUUCUUGAGAAUAAAGCAAACUCGAUGGAUAAUUGGAUGGCAGAAUGGUGGUUGCAAACAGCUUAUUUGGAAUUUCGUCAAUCAGUGGUCGUCUUCUCAUCCCCUGGUUUAGUAUUCCCGUUGCACAAGUUUGACUCGUUAGAUGAUCAGCUAUCAUACGCUGCUAAAAUGAUUUAUGGGGCUCUGUCCUAUAAAGAAAUGAUUGACAAUGGGAAAAUCAAACCAGAUUACAUGGGAAAAAUCCCACUUGACAUGUCCCAGUAUCAGAAAAUAUUUGGAACUACAAGAAACCCCAAAAAACCUAGAGACCAAUUAGCCUAUCAUCCAGGAUCCAAGCAUUUUGUAGUCGCAUAUAAAAAUUACUUUUUCAAAGUGGAGAUUAGCAAUGGUAAUGGCAAGCUAAAGGAACCACUCGAAUUUUUUGGAGAUUUGAAUAAAAUUGUCGAGGAUACCUCUGGUCUUCAUGGUAUUCCUAUCGGAAUUUUGACCGCGGAACAUCGAGACUCGUGGGCAGAUAUUUAUGAACGAUUAAAACAAGAUCCGCAGAAUGCAAAAUCUCUUCAAUCUAUUGAGGAAGCUCUUUUUGUCCUUUCGUUGGACAGACCAAAUCGAGCCAUGUCUGACUUACCGUCAGGAAAAUCGGUUUCUGCAGAAGUUGAGGAUGUGUCCCUUAGUGAAAGACAAACAAUGGCUGCAUUGCAAAUGCUUCAUGGAAAUACUACCAAUUCUGGGAACCGAUGGUUCGACAAAACAAUUAGCUUCAUUGUAGGGACAGAAGGAAAAGCAGGGCUUACGUAUGAACACAGUCCAGCAGAAGGACCGCCCAUUGCAAAUAUGAUGGACUUCAUUGUACAAUAUAUGGACCACACUAAGGAUGAAACAUUGAAGAGUGACGUACUGGUAGCCAAGAAGGGAAGCACAGGGACGCCUACGUUAUUGGAGUUCAAUUUGAAGGAUAAACAUAUUGGCAAAGCCAUUGCAGAUGCAAAGGACAAUCUUGAUAAGUUGAUUCAGGAUGUUCAAAUGUCUGCAUUUACAUUUAAAAAGUACGGACGAGAGUUUAUCAAAACUUGUUCUCUCAGCCCAGAUAGUUUUAUUCAGACUGCGAUACAAGCGGCAUUCUACAGGAUCCAUAAAGAUCCUGCUGCCCAUUAUGAAUCUGCGAGUGUGAGAAUGUUCACUGGAGGAAGGACUGAAUGUAUUAGGUCUUGUUCCGUUGAAUCUUUAGAAUUUUCUCGAGCACUUUUAGACUCGUCAUUGUCACUCCAGGAUAAAUUCAAGUUGUUGAAGAACGCAGUGGAAAGUCAUAAACGCUUUGCAGCUGAUGCCGUAAAAGCUCAAGGCGUUGACCGUCAUUUGCUUGGUUUAAAGAAAAUUGCUCUUGAAAAUGGAAUUGAUGUUCCUGAUCUCUUCUCAGACGAAGGCUAUAUCAAAUCAUCAUCCUUUCGACUGUCUACAAGCCAGGUGCCAUCGCUGUUUGAGGCGUUUAUGUGCUACGGACCUCUCACCCAAGAUGGAUACGGUUGCUGCUACAACCCCUUAAAAAAUUCAAUCGUUUUUGGUAUCUCGGCAUUCAAUUCCAACUCAGAGACAGAUGCCAACAAAUUCAAAACUUCAUUACAGGAAACUUUGUUAGAGAUGGAGAAAGUUGGCAUCAUGGCUAGUAUGCAAUCAAAGCUUUAAACGUUUGCAUUUUUGUUUAACGAUUUGAUAAUUUGGCGAUAUAGCCAAUAUAGAGCCUUUGACCUUAUGUAUAUUUUAAUUCGAGAUCCCGUGUAGAUAUGAUAUGCUCUGUGAUAUAUGCUGAUAAUUUACAUACAAUAAUGCUGUUUGACCAAUCUAUUUGACCUGAAAAUCAGAGUCUUCCAUUUUAUGCUAGAAUUGAACAAUAUUGAUUGAUAAUAACAUUUUACAUAUUUAAAACUUUCCUCAUACAUACAUGCAUAGUAGAUAAAUGCCUCCAUGAAUAUUGGAAAUUAUUAAGUAAUUUCUGUAUAGAUAUCACAAUGAUCAAAUACUCAUCUUCUGUAUAGGAAUGUUACCGGCUAGUCGAAUUUUAAUAUAGUUAUGCAAAAGUCUUUUAAAAUGAAAAAUAAAAUACUAGAAAAGUAUAAACGAUUUA